UGCCGUGUGGCAACUCUCUCUUCUCUCGGUGUCGCAAUAAAGUGGUGUUCUCUGUGCAAUACAAGUUUUUAUUUAAAAUACACCGAAGUUUCCUCCAGCGUCCUAUGGCAUUUAAGGCAGCUGCCAACAUUGGUCCUUCAAAUAAGAAAAGAAGAAACUUUGCGUGAUCUACAUCAAAGAAGACAUUUCCAUCAUAACUUCUGUGCAGAGUGCAAUCGCUAACGCCAUUUUGGUCGCUUACUUCGUAUCGUACGAGUUUUUCAAGCGCCAAAACAGCACCGCAAGCGGCUACUGCUCCCGCGCAAGCUCUCAUCCAUCGCAGAUAGCGGCCGCAAGAGUGAGCAAGACAAAAAAUUUUAUAAUCAACGGAGGCGACAGAGACACAAGUUCGAAUUGUCAUCGACAAGAGGCGGCAAUACACCGUGUGGCGCGAGUGCGAGCAGGACGCACGAUCUUUUUACGUUUCGAUCGAGCUGUUCCUGAAUCAAUCGCUGCGCUGGCAUCUUUCGUCUCGCAGCGCAAUACAAAGGAACGAGCGCGAACAAGACGCCCGCCAUGUGCCCGCCAUUCGGACAUUUUUUCUUUUCAAGAAACUCCCCUGUUGCAAGUGUAGUUUUUAAGUGUUACGUGCAACUGUUCUAGAAUUAUUCUUUGUGCAACAUAUAGCUUUAAGAUAGUGAUUUGUGCUUGGUGUAUACUGUGGUUCAGGCAAGCAAUAAAAUGGAGGCUGAGCUAAACAAAAAGAUCGCUACACGCGGCUAUCUUAAAGGUACUAUUACCAGAUUACUAGCCUUUAUUAGCGAUUUAUCUCAAUGCAAUCGAGACUUAUUGUCAUCAAAACGUGAGCGAUUGAUAACCGUUUUCGACAAUUAUGAAAAAAUUUGCCAAGACAUUUUGUAUUUAAAUCCAAAAGAUAGUGAAGAUGUUGAGCAGGUUGAGAGUAAUUAUUUCAUAAUUUUAACAGCUCUCGACGAGGCCAUAAAAACGCGAAGCUUGAAUACCUCUCCACUCGAUCCACCAACCACAAAAAUGUCAAAAAAUUUACCUCCAAUUUCAAUCCAACCUUUUGAUGAUUCCAUCACGGCACGUGCGUAUCAACUCGAGAGGGAUCUCGAGAUUGAGCCGAAGUUGCAAGAUUUCUUGAAAUUCCUGGAAAAGAGAGCAUUGGCACUGGAAAACGUCGAACAGUGUCAUGUUCAGCAGCAAGCACGUCCCAGCAGCAGAGUAGCAUCAUACGUCGGGGUAGCAGCAUCAACUUGCAGAUACUGUAAGUCCAAAGACCAUAAAAUAUUUUCUUGCAAAUCAUUUCAAUUACAACCUGUGGACAAAAGGGUUCAAUUCAUUCAAGAAAAUAAAAUGUGUUUCAUAUGUUUAGGUGCGCAUUCAGGAAAAUGCAAAUUUCAUUUCCGUUGCUCAGAGUGCAAAGGCCAACACAACACUUUGUUGCAUCGCAAUACAGUUCCACCCGCACCUCCUGUGUCAUUGACAGGACAUAUCAAUAAUAAUAAUAACAAUGUGCUUCUUCCCACAGCCAGAAUUAAGGUUAUAGGGAAGGAUGGCACCGAGUACCAUGUGAAGGCUCUCAUGGAUAGUGGUUCACAGGUUUCCUUCGUGACCACCAAGGUUGUGCAAUUACUUGGUGGCAAGCCAAAGCAAAAUUCUAUGAAUAUCAUUGGCAUAGCCAAUGCUAAAAGCACCAUUAAGGCUUGUAUUCCAAUAGAAUUACAUUCUUUGAAAACACCAUUCAAAACAACUGUGAAUUUUCAAAUAAUUGAGCAUAUAACUUGCAACUUGCCGCAUUAUAAAUUUGAUUGCUCAAAUAUUAAAAUACCUAAAGGUUUCGAUUUGGCCGAUGAGCAAUUUAACGUGCCAGGUGAAAUAAAUAUGUUAUUAGGUGCUGAUGUCUUUUUCCAGGCACUGAUACCAAACCAAGUAAGAAGUGUCAGUGUGACCACUCCAUCAGAGACUACUAAGCACCCGCUGCACGCCAAGACUGCAGACACCAGCUUAGCAGCCCCGAGUCUCCAGUUUGUCAACACAGUAUUCGGUAACAUUGUUGCUGGUAACAUCCCUCAUCACCUUGCACGGCCAACUUGUAACAAAGUAGUAUUGAAAUGUGAAUUGAGUCUAAAUGAAAUCUUUGCAAAAUUUUGGUCUACUGAAAAAGUACCUGAAGUCUAUAAUGAAAAAACUUCAGAACAGGAACUUUGCGAACAAAUAUUUCAAAGUACUGUCAAAUUAAAUAAUAAUCAAUUUGAAGUGGCCCUACCUUUAAAGAUACCAUCAUCAGAAAUUAAUGAUGCAUUAGGAGAAUCAUUUCAUUUUGCCUUAAAAAGAUUUAUAAAUUUGGAAAAGAGAUUACACGCAAAUCCUUGUUUGUUUAAACAAUAUCAAGAGUUUAUUCAUGAAUAUCUGUCGCUCAAUCAUGGUCACUAUGUGGACAUUGAGUUGUAUGACUUAAAUAAAGAUGCAGUUUAUUUUCUCCCGCAUCACGCAGUUUUCAAUGAAAACAAUAAAACAACUAAACUGCGCACUGUUUUUGAUGGUUCUAUGAAAACUAACAAAAAAAUCUCUUUAAAUGAUUUGCAAUUGAAUGGGCCAGUAGUUCAACGAGAUUUAUUUGAAAUAAUUCUUUUAUUCCGCUUAGGAAAACAUACUUUCACAUUAGACAUAAGGCGAAUGUAUAGAAAUAUAAGGCUAGAUCCUACAUACACUUCUCUUCAAAACAUACUUUGGAGAGACAACCCUAAUGAAAAAAUUAAAUGUAUCAGACUAGAUACAGUCACUUAUGGCUUAAAAUCUUCUAGUUAUUUAGCCACUCGCUGCUUGAUGGAAUUGGCUAAUAGAAAUGAAAAGGAUUAUCCGUUAGCUUCAGCUGUAAUAAAAAAUAAUAGUUAUGUGGAUGACAUUUUAUAUUCUAAUGACGACUUAUCAGUCACUAUGGAAGCUCAAAAGCAAUUAUGCAAGCUUCUCCCAUUAGGUAGUUUUCACCCUCAUAAAUGGUCUUCGAAUCAUGAAAGUAUUUUGUUAAAUAUUCCACAUGACAAGCAGUAUUUCGACACAUUAGACCUACAAAAAGAUAACUUCAAUAUGAAAACUUUAGGGUUGCAAUAUGAUGUAAAAAAGGAUCACUUUAUAAUACAGUCUCCUCAACCUUUCAGUGUUGAAAAGGUUACAAAAAGAAGCAUUUUAAGUUACAUAGGUAAAAUGUAUGAUCCAAUGGGCUUUAUCAGUCCUAUAAUAGUCAUAGCAAAAGCCAUUAUGCAAAAGUUGUGCAUAACGAACAAAAAUUGGAAUGAUAGUCCGCCCACUGCAUUAGAACAGGAGUGGAAUAAAUUCAUGAAUAACUUAAAUAAUAUGAAACCUAUUUUGUUGAGUCGAAAUGUCGGAGUUUCAGAUUUUAGUAGAGCAGAGCUGAUAGGCUUCGCUGAUGCUUCGAGUACCACGGCAUACGGAUGCUGUUUGUAUCUGCGACUCAUCAACUCUUCAGGUAAAGUGCACAUGCAUUUGCUCUGUUCCAAAUCCCGCAUCAAUCCUUUGCAAAAGAAAAGCAUGACAGUGCCCAGAUUGGAAUUGAAUGCUGCACUUCUGCUUUCGAAACUAGUCACAAAGGUUUACAAUUCAUUAAAGCUCAAAAUUUACAUAAAAGCUGUUCAUUUAUUCAGCGAUUCAAAAAUCGUUCUCGCAUGGCUAAAUACUGAAAUAGCAAAGCUUCAAGCAUAUGUGGGGAAUAGAGUAAAUGUCAUUCGCCAAAACACAGAUAAAUGGAACUGGCUCUAUGUCAACACGAACGAGAAUCCUGCUGACCUGAUUAGUGGAGGUGUCCAGCCUGGUGAUCUGGGAGACAACAACCUGUGGUGGCGCGGCCCGCAAUUUCUUCAAUGCAGUACGUAUGAGUUUUCUGCUGCUGCUUGCUACGAGGCUCCGCUGGCAACUGAUUUAUCAGAGUUUCAGCCCUGUUUGGCGUUUUCCAGCAAUUUCGCGUGUCAAUCAAUAGAUCCGCUUGAGCAUGUGUUUGGGCGCUUAUAUAAAUUGUCUGACAUUAAUAAAAUGAUACGGCUUUUGGCAUACAUAUUGAGGUUUCUUAAUAACAUUAAUAAAAACAAAGAAAAAUUUAAUUCCAGUUUUUUGCGCAGCUCGGAAUUAAACGAUGCUCUAAUGACUUUAAUUAAAUAUGAUCAAAGAAAAAUAUACAAAAAUGAAAUCGACUCUCUAAGCAAGGGUAGCCAUAUAAAGGGCAAAUUAGAGGGCUUACAUCCUUUCCUUGACGAGUUAGGGCUCUUGCGAGUGGGUGGCAGGUUGCAUAAUGCUGACAUUUCUUAUACACAAAAGCACCCUAUUAUACUGCCUAAAGGCUCUCUUGUAACUGUCUUGCUUAUCAAAAGGGAACAUAAAACAUUGCUGCACGCAGGCCCUAGGCUUGUGCUGGCAAACUUGAAUCAAAGGUUUUGGAUUGUGAAUGGCUUGCUAGAAGUUAAAAAAAUUACCCAUGAAUGUAUAACUUGUUUCAGACAAAAGGCUGCUGUAGCCAAGCAGCUGAUGGGUUCCUUGCCCGCCAGUCGAGUCAUUGCUACUAGGCGACCAUUUGAAAAAAUUGGGGUGGAUUACGCUGGGCCAAUUGAUGUAAAACUUUCACGCGUUAGACGAUCUUUAAUAGGUAAAGGCUAUGUACUAGUCAUGGUGUGUUUCACAACAAAGGCGGUUCACUUGGAACUAGCCUCCGACCUCACCACAGAAACCUUUCUAGCGUGUUUAAAAAGAUUCAUUUCGAGACGAGGAUUGCCCACCGAAAUUCACUGCGAUAAUGCCAGUACCUUCAAAGGCGCAAGGAGCCAGUUAGCUGAAUUAUACUCAUUGCAGUCUUCUCAGAGCCACAAACAGCAAGUAUAUGAGUUUGCUUCACAGAAAGGCAUAGAGUUCCACUUCAUUCCAAGUUACUCACCUACGUUUGGAGGACUCUGGGAAGCUGCUGUAAAGAGUACGAAAUACCAUUUAAAAAGAGUAUUGCAUAAAAAUGUUUUAACUUAUGAACAAUUAAGCACAGUACUUACCGAAAUAGAAGCAGUACUCAACUCGAGACCGUUAUUACCAUUGUCUUCUGAUCCAAACGAUUAUUGUUAUCUGACUCCUGGUCAUUUUAUCAUAGGUUCAGCGUUAACAAUGUACCCAGAAAACGAUUCGUCUGAUGUACCACAAAAUAGACUCAAAUUUUGGCAAUUAUGUACAAACAUCAAACAAGCGUUUUGGAAAAUGUGGCAUAAGUAUUACCUUAAUGUAUUACAAAAUCGUCCCAAAUGGAAACAGGAGCAUUGUAAUGUUAGGCUUGGUAGUUUGGUGAUUUUAAAAGAACAAAAUGUUCCAUGUAUGUAUUGGCCCAUGGCAAGAAUAGAAAAAUUGUUCACAGGUAAUGAUGGAAAAGUCCGGGCUGUGGAAGUUAGAACUUCCAAUAAUAAAACUCAUCUCCGCGCCAUACAUAAAAUUUGUGUAUUACCUAUAGAGUGCGACUGAUAGUAAUUGUGCGAGUAAAAUUAGGUAACAUUAAGAGUUAAUAGUUUUUAGCUAAAAGUGUGAUUGAUGGUGAUGCCAUAAGUUUUGUAAUUUACAAGCAAUUAUUUUAAGUAUUCCAUUGAAAUAUGUAACACUUCACCAGUAAAUCCUUAGGGUAUCGCAUGCCAUCCCAAGAAAUCAUUUUCGUAGGGCUAAGAAUUUAUUACCUAUAUGUAGUUUGAGUACUCAAUAACGUACAAGUGUAGUUUUGUUUCUUUACUAUUCUAGAUUAAAGUGACAGUUUUUUUUUGGUUUUCAAAUAGUCAUACCGCAAUACAGUGUGAAAUAAAACUACAGUUCUGGUACGUAAAAUGUAACUAUUGUUAUAGCAUCUGUUAGUACAGAUAGUUAUCACCUUGUGGGGCGGUAGCAUGUUGGGAAUUUUGAAUAGUUUUAUUGCAACAUCAAUGUAAACUAAUUAAUAUUGCCGUGUGGCAACUCUCUCUUCUCUCGGUGUCGCAAUAAAGUGGUGUUCUCUGUGCAAUACAAGUUUUUAUUUAAAAUACACCGAAGUUUCCUCCAGCGUC